UUAAAAAGUUGUUAACGAUUGAUAAAGUUUCCCGGAACGAUAGUAUGAUAUAUACAUGUAAUGCAAAUAACACAAUGGUUAUGACUGGAAACAUAAAACGAAUUGGAACAGCAAGCAAGGACGUUCAUAUGACAGUAUUGUAUCCUCCAGACAAGCCGACAAUAUUUCUUGUCUCCGUUUCAAAAUCAGAUGAUGUAAAUAUAAAAGUCACAGACAAGUUUAUUGUUUUUGAACAUACUCCUUUUACUAUGUCAUGCAAAGCCAAUAGCUUACCUAUGCCAAGUUAUUCAUGGGAUCCAAUGACGAUGUCAAAUGAUUCAGUUAUACAAAUUCCUGGCUUAACAAGGAACGGCACAGAUGAAAUCACGUGCUUUGUCAGAAAUAAAAUGAUUUCAACUGAAGGGAAUUCAAUGACAGGGAACAACAAUAGAACAAUCUCGAUAGAAAAACUAUUUUCUCCAGAAAUUGGACAUAUGAAUAGUAUAACCUCGGAGGAAGGAACAAAUGUCGACUUUGUAUGUCCUGUUAAAGACGGAAAUCCUCACCAGACACAUAUUAUGUGGACAAGAUACAAAAAUGGGCAACAAUGGCUGGGAUCAAAAUUUACAUUAGAAAACGUUUCAAGAACAGACAGUGCGACAUAUACAUGUACGGUCAACAACACCAUGAUAAUGACAGGCGGUUUAACAAAACAUGGGAAGAAUAAUAAAAGUAUCAAUCUAAACGUAUUGUAUAAAGUUGCUGUAUUGAAUUUUAUAGCAAAUAACUACACGGCAAAUCACAGCGUUACAUUAGCAGAGAAUCAAUUAGUCAAUCUGAAAUGUGAAAUGGAGGGAAAUCCAGCACCUGAAGGGAUGUAACAUCUUCAGUUCAGAAGCACUUGAUGUAACAAAGUCUACUAAUGAAAGUCAUUCAAUAUUUUCUGUAACAUUUAAAGCAACAUGUUUUCAUACAGGAGUAUAUACAUGCAGAGGUUCCAAUUUGAUCAAACAAAAAGAAAUUUCUGAAAAAGAUAUUACACUAUUCAUUACAUGUUCACCUAGACAAAAUCCUGCAAUGCCAUUACAAAGAAACAUUAAAAUAUCAAAAUAUGAAGCCGUGAGUAUAAACUUCACAGUGCUAGCAUAUCCUGAACCAACCAACAUUUUAUUGAAGAAACAUAACGGAAAAUCGUGGAUACCUAUGAAUGACAGCGACAACUAUAGUUUUACCUACAAAGGUGUUGACAUUCAAUUCACAAUUCUUCGUGUUUCGGAAGAGGACUAUGGCAAAUACAAGCUUAUAACAAGGAAUGAUUAUGGAACGUAUGAACAUGUUUUCUACGUGGAGCCUUCAGGAAUGGAAUACUCUAAUCCUGAACCUCAAAACAUAGCAAAUAAUUAUGGACUCACCGUUGGACUCCCUGUGAUAGUACUCAUUACCAUCUCCGUUACAGUUGUUGGCAUAAUUUUAUACAGAAAAGGCACUUGUCCAGUCUUAAGAGAAAUCUUUCAUAAUCAGCAAAAUGAAAGAGAAAUGGCUACAACAAACGUGUAUCAAAAUAUUACAGGUGGCGCAAGCGAAAUGGAUGAGCAAGAAAGAGAGUACGACAUGAUUCAAAGGAAUACACAGGAAAGGAACAUUCCUAUUUAUGAAAAAUGCAAAUCUGAAAUCGAAAAAGUCGAUGACUCUGAACCAGCUUACGAGAAACUAGCUGACGAAUUAAAAGAUACAAAUAAGUACAGUGUGCUUCAUGCAGUAAACAAGAGAACAGAUGGUAUUGAACUUGAUGAGGAUGUUUCAGACUGCGAAAAGAAAGACACCGCCAUAUAUAUCAAUAUGAAAAUAUAACAAGUCGAGCCGCCCGUCAAAACACACAGGAAAAUCACUUUCAUCACUUUUCUUAUUUUUAUGUCAAUAACAUUUACACAUUUUCGAUUACUUCUCGAUGGUCGAUGCACAUAACAUGUAGCUAAGUCAAUUACCAAUGACUCGACUGGUAGCUUACCACUAAUCCGAUAAUAUUUCAGAGACAACUGGCCGUAAAUCAAUAAAUUAAAUCUUGAAUAGGCUAUAUGACAGUAGAAAUAUGGAUUAUGAUUCUAAUCUGUAUUGAUAAUGAAAAAAUAUUAUAACUAUAUCUUUUAUAAUUUGCCAAGAGAAUAUCAAAUGAUUCAUAGAAUAUUACCUAUUUUGUACGUUAAAUAUGUUAACAUAUUUGCCCAAUAUCAUUUAUUCCAGAAAAAAUAACGGCAUUUAAAAUACUUAAAAUGCAAGGUCCUAUGGGCAUGAGAGAUGUUGCACUUUUCGUUAUCUCUCACGAAUAGACACAAUCAAACAGUGUCUGAAACUUUCAUAAAAUAUUGUAACAGUUACAUUUUCUGUGGUAUCGAGGAAUCACUCUUUUCACUGAUUUUGAUAAUUUUCGUAUUGUUUUACGGGAAUAAAAAGAUAAAUUAUGGGAAUUUACAUCGAUUUCAAUUACACCAUGUUUCUCUCUGUAGAUUUAAUAUAAUGCUUGAUAGGCGAUUUUAUAAUUUUUCUUUACGCGACCUUUCAUCGCCUUGUGGUUUGAUGUAAUAAAGCCAUACGUGAAGCUCAUCACAAUAUUAUAUUGAUAAACAUGUUAAUAGCAUUAAAACAGGUAAUACUUUUCAAUAAGAAAUGUAUGCUGUGGUAUACCCCACCCCCGCCAAAUGUGUUUGCUUGUUGGAGGAAUGUAAUUGUUGAAGAGCAGAUAAGUUAAGACUAAAGGCUGAUUAAAGAUGUGUCCGAGGAAAAAAUAUUGGAUAUUAUAAGAACAGUUUGCCUACAUUUUCCAUUUGUGUCACUGCACCUGCAAGUAUCAUAUUUUUGUUAUGUUUAUUUUCAUUUUCAAGUGUAUAUUGCAUAGUUUUGAAUUACUGACUCGUAUGCUUAUCACAAACAAAAUUUCUUUGAAAAUUCCAUAAAAGUAGAUUAUCUAGACAAUAUAAUUUUAAAAUUGCCAUUGGCUGCAUUUCUCCUUUCUCCAAUUUAUGUAAAGUUCCAAACCAAUUUCUUGUAACGUGCUAGAGUUAUCAGCAAAAGUUGAACAUAUAAUGACACAAAGGGAAACAUGAGAAAGGGAGCAGAUGGAACUAUCGUUCUUGAUCAAUGCAUAAUUUCUUAUAACGAAAACAAAAAGAGAGAUAAUAUAACUGAUUACAGUUUGUUUAUAAUAAAGGAAAGGAAUGACCACCAGUUCGUGUAUUGUACUGGAAUAUAGACUGGAAAAUUAAUCAUUGUUGUCUUAUGAUUAACCUAGGUAGCUAGCAUGUAGAUCUUAGUCGCAGAAAGGAUUAAAAUAAGCAGCAGUGUUUGUGUCCUAUAGUGUGAAGAGCUCUGAUAAUUCAUGUCCGAACGUUAUGACUAGCGUAUUUGUAUUUGUCUUCCUUACAUCGCAAUAUCAUGUCAUAUUAUUGCAUCUCGUAAUAAUAAUUGCCCUGUU